AUGCCGGCCACCAACCAGGGCUGGCCUGAGGACUUCGGCUUCCGCCUGGGUGGCUCUGGCCCCUGCUUCGUCCUGGAGGUGGCCGAGGGGAGCAGUGCACAUGCCGGGGGACUGCGACCCGGGGACCAGAUUCUGGAGGUGGAAGGGCUGGCAGUGGGUGGUCUGAGCCGCGAGCGCCUCGUGCGCCUGGCACGGCGCUGUCCGCGUGUGCCACCCAGCCUUGGCGUGCUCCCCGGCCCCGACAACGGCCCCAGCGUGGCUUCUGGCCCCGCUGCCGCGAUCACAGCCUUCCGAGGCCCACGCUCCUGCUGCGGCCUCGCCUUGGGGCGUGAACUACUGCGCCUGGCUGGCCGCAAGCGCCCAGACGCCGUGCACCGAGAGCGCAGACGCAAAGCCCAGGAGUUCAGCCGCAAGGUGGAUGAAAUCUUGGGGGACCAGCCAACAGCCAAGGAGCAGGUGUUCACUGCUCUGAAGCAGUUCGCAACCGAGCAGCGGGUGGAUGACCUGGUGUGGGCUCUCACCCUGGCGCUGCCACGCGAGGCCUGUGGACCACUCCUGGACAACCUCAGGAUCUUCAUCCCCAAGAAGCACCGAGCACGCUUCGAUGAGGUGGUGUCGCAGGGCCUGCUGGGCAAGCUGUGCCGGGCCCGCCGGACGCAGGGCGCGCAACGGCUGCGCCGGAGCCGCAGUGAGGAGAGGGCCUCCUCCCUGGUGGGCAGCCGCGCUGGCCCCGGGGGCGCGCGCAGGACCGUCAGAGUCUACAAGGGUAACAAGAGCUUCGGCUUCACGCUGCGCGGCCACGGGCCUGUCUGGAUCGAGUCUGUCUUGCCUGGGAGUCCGGCUGACAAUGCUGCCCUCAAGUCUGGUGACCGGAUCCUCUUCCUCAAUGGACUGGACAUGAGAAACUGCUCCCAUGACAAGGUGGUGUCCAUGCUGCAGGGCAGUGGUGCAAUGCCCACACUGGUGGUAGAGGAAGGUCUCGUCCCGUUCGCCAGCGACUCCGAUUCUUUGGAUUCCCCCAACCCAUCAUCAGCGCUCACCUCCCUACAGUGGGUAGCAGAGAUCCUGCCGUCCAGUAUCCGGGUCCAGGGGAGGACCUUCAGCCAGCAACUGGAGCACCUGCUCACACCUCCUGAACGCUAUGGGGUCUGCCGGGCUCUUGAGAGCUUCUUCCAGCACAGGAACAUUGAUACCCUCAUUGUUGAUGUCUACCCUGUGCUGGACACACCUGCCAAGCAGGUCCUCUGGCAAUUCAUCUACCAGCUGCUGACCUAUGAGGAGCAGGAGCUCUGCCAGGAGAAGAUCACCUGCUUCCUGGGCUACACAGCCAUGACAGAGCCAGAGCCUGAACUGGACCUGGAGCCGGAGCCGGAGCUGGAGCCGGAGCCAGUGCCUGAGCCCCAGCUGCGGAGCUCCCUGAGGGCCUCUUCUAUGUGCCGCCGCAGCCUCCGGUCCCAGGGCCUGGAGGCCAGCCUUAGCUGCAGUCCCAGUGACUGCCCUGAGAUGCCUCUUCCUCUGAUCCCAGGAGAGCGCCAGGCGGGUGAUGGCACAUCCCUCCCUGAGACCCCCAACCCCAAGAUGAUGUCGGCUGUCUAUGCGGAGCUUGAGUCACGACUGAGCAGCAGCUUCAAAGGGAAGAUAGGGACCAUGUCCAAAUCCCGGGCUUCUCCCCCAGGCCCCAGCCCGGCAGGCACUUCAGGGCCCAGGACCCUGUCCAGCAUCUCAUGGCCCAGCGAGCGACUCGUGCCCUCCCCCUGCUACUACCCGCUGUGCUCAGGAGGCCUGGCCUCCCCCAGCAGCUCCGAGUCCCACCCCUACGCCAGCCUGGACAGCAGCAGGGCGCCCUCCCCACAGCCGAGCCCUGGGCCUGUCCACCCUGACAGCCCUCCCAGCCCGGAUCCUGCCCGCCCACCCAGCCGCAGGAAACUCUUCACCUUCUCCCGCCCAAUGCGGAACCGGGAUACUGACCGCUUCCUGGAUGCGCUGAGCGAGCAGCUGGGCCCCCGGGUCACCAUCGUGGAUGAUUUCCUGACCCCUGAGAAUGACUAUGAGGAGAUGAGUUUCCACGAUGACCAGGGCAGCUUUGUGACCAAUGAGCGGAGCAGCGCUAGCGACUGCAUCAGCAGCAGUGAGGAAGGCAGCUCCCUGACCUACUCCUCCAUCUCUGACCACAUCCCUCCACCCCCACUCAGUCCACCACCACUGCCCCCCACACCCCUGCCCCCUCCUGUGCCCUGUGCACCCCCCAUGUUGUCCCGGGGCCUGGGCCACCGGCGCAGUGAGACCAGCCAUAUGAGUGUCAAGCGCUUGCGGUGGGAGCAGGUGGAGAACUCAGAAGGCACCAUCUGGGGUCAGCUCGGGGAAGACUCUGACUAUGAUAAGCUGAGCGACAUGGUGAAAUACCUCGACCUGGAGCUCCACUUUGGCACCCAGAAACCUGCUAAGCCGGUCCCUGGGCCCGAGCCCUUCAGAAAGAAGGAAGUCGUGGAGAUCCUGUCCCACAAGAAGGCUUACAACACCUCCAUUCUCCUGGCUCACCUGAAGCUGAGUCCCGCUGAGCUGCGGCGGGUGCUCAUGAGCAUGGAGCCCCGGCGACUGGAGCCCGCGCACCUGGCGCAGCUGCUGCUCUUUGCCCCCGACGCCGACGAGGAGCAGCGCUAUCAGGCCUUCCGCGAGACGCCCGGCCGCCUCAGCGAGCCGGACCAGUUCGUCCUGCAGAUGCUGUCGGUUCCCGAAUACAAGACCCGCCUGCGCAGCCUCCACUUCCAGGCCACCCUACAGGAGAAGACGGAAGAAAUCCGGGCCAGCCUUGAGUGCUUGCGCCAGGCCUCGCUAGAGCUCAAGAACAGCCGGAAGCUAGCCAAGAUCCUGGAGUUCGUGUUGGCCAUGGGCAACUAUCUCAAUGAUGGACAACCCAAAACCAACAAGACUACAGGCUUCAAGAUCAACUUUCUGACAGAGCUGAAUUCCACCAAGACAGUGGAUGGGAAGUCCACCUUCCUGCACAUUCUUGCCAAAUCACUGAGCCAGCACUUCCCUGAACUCCUGGGCUUUGCUCAGGAUCUGCCCACAGUGCCCCUGGCAGCCAAAGUGAACCAGCGGGCCCUGACCAGCGACCUAGCUGACCUCCAUGGCACCAUCAGUGAGAUACAGGCUGCCUGCCAGAGCAUGUCCCCCUCCAGUGAGGACAAGUUUUCUGUGGUCAUGGCGUCUUUCCUGGAGACAGCCCAGCCAGUGCUGCGAGCGCUGGAUGCACUGCAGCGGGAGGCCAUGGAGGAACUGAGCAAGGCGCUGGCUUUCUUUGGAGAAGAUUCUAAAGCCACCACCUCUGAAGCCUUCUUCGGCAUCUUCGCAGAGUUCAUGAGCAAGUUCGAGCGAGCGCUCAGCGACCUGCAGGCUGGGGAGGGCUCACGAAGCUCUGGGAUGAUUUCACCUCUGGCUUGGUGACAACGGCCACUCAGCAUCCUCUGCAGCCUGAGUUCAGAGACUGACGCCAGAGGCUACACCUGAGAGUGUGGUUCAGAUACCGCCUAGGUCUGGGGUCCCUGUGCCCAGGCACUGAGCACGCGGCCUGGCUGCCAGAGGGAAGGGCCUGGGCGUGGGGCCAGGCUGCCACCCGCGUCUCCAGCUACCUCAGCUGCCAAGUUCCAGCCAGGGCCCUCCUCUGCCCACCCUCAUUCUGCCCCCUGUCUGGGCCCAGACUCCCUAGGGAGCGGGAGCCAUGAUGGGCAGACACCAAGAAGACUGAGCCCAUCAGGCCAGGCUUUGCCCUACACUAUUGGCUUGCUACGCCCACUUCCCACCUCUCUCCUGAGCAUAUUCAAUAAAGUGCUGUUACGCUUGCCCCAGGUCAUGCAUGGAUUAUGCAGUGAUUACACCCCAGAGCAGUUGGCUCCCAGGCAGCAGGAUGCACCUGCCUCACAGAAGGUUGUGUGAACCUCCUUUCUGAGCUGGAAGCUCGUGAACAUGCAGCCAAGCCAGCAUGGGAGGGCCUGGGGGCCCCUCACCCAGCUUGCCACAUGGAGGAUGGUGGGCAGGCAGGAAAGCCCAAAGUACCUGGACCAGAGGUUUUGAAAGCUGGAAGAAGCUGCAGUUGACUACAGCUAAGGACAAGAGGAGAGAGGCCUGGGAGUGAGACAGGGAAGGAGUGAAGUAGGAAGACCCCUAAGGCAGACUGCAGAACUGACCCAGAAUUUUCCUCUGGGACAAGUGGUAAUCAGAGUUAGUAGGGAGGUUGGAGAGUGGAAAGGGGGUUAUUAGGAGAGAGAUGGAAUGGGGAGAUGUUCAGGUGGUG